AUGCAGACGCGGGAGAUUCUUCGAGGCACUCUGCAAAGAGUUUAUUCUGCGAGCUCGGCAGAGCAGCACCUUUUUGUGUGGAAACGAAGCAUAGACUCCGGAUCGGGUAAAAGUGGAAAGCGAGUGGUACCUUCUUGCCGAAGCCGGACUAUUAGGAGCGUGAUUUCAUCGAAGGGAAAAUGCCCAUGUUGCUCUCUGAAUUGCCUUUUUCAGUCUUGUUCAUCAUGUCUCUCACUUACUAGUCCAAGUCAUUUCCAAGAGAGACAAAACGCGUCUUUUUCUAAUUGGCAGAUUAAGGUGCACAAGAAUCCCGGAUGGUUGACCAGCGUUCCUGAUCGACAACUCUCUGUAACUCACGGGACACGUUCUUCAUUCCGGUAUUUUGCUUCCAAAACUCACGAGAACGACGAUCGAUCAGAAUGUCUCCAGGAUCAGCUGCACAGGGAAUCUCUGGAAGAUCCGAUAGUUUUUUGGAGGCAGCAGGCGUCGACUGUCCACUGGUUCAAGCCAUUCUCCGCAGUUCUCGAUGGGUCUGACGCUCCGAUUUAUCGCUGGUUUCCCGGAGGUCAGGUCAAUGCCUGCUAUGAAGCUGUCGAUUCGCAUGUCCUCAAUGGACGAGCUGGUGCCUAUGCGAUUAUUUAUGACUCCCCCGCAACGGGGGCAAAAGAGAAAAUCACAUACGGCGAACUCCUGGAAAGGGUCAGCGCCCUCGCUGACGCCCUGCAAAAGGCAGGCGUUCAUGAAGGUGAUCGUGUUCUGAUCUAUAUGCCCGUGGUACCGGAAGCGGCUAUUUCCAUGCUUGCUUGCGCUCGCAUCGGGGCAGUGCAUGCCGUUACUUUCGGAGGAUUUGGAACCCAAGAACUUUCUACCCGCAUUGAUCAUGCUAAACCAAAAGCAAUAAUAGCGGCUUCAUGUGGCAUUGAACCUCGGCGUAUUGUGGCUUACAAGGAAGGUCUUGAGCAUGCCUUGCAGUUGUCAUCCCAUAAACCACAAUUUAAGGUUAUUCUCCAAAGACCCCAGCAUGAAUGCACAUUGGAGAAAAAUGAUGUCGGAUGGGAUUCUUUCAUCAAAACUGGAUCCGGACAGUGUGAUGCCCGUCCAGUCAAUUCUAAUCAUCCUUUGUAUCUUCUAUACACUUCCGGUACCACUGGGGACCCCAAAGGUAUUGUCCGCGAUCACGCAGGUCAGUGCGUUUCAAGUCACUACACUGCCUCAGCAGUUUAUGGCAUCAAGCCAGGGGAUACGAUCUUCUGUGCGUCAGACCUUGGCUGGGUUCUGGGUCACUCCAUUAUGCUCUAUGGCGCCCUGAUUGGUGGUGGAACGUCUGUCAUGUACGAAGGAAAACCUAUCAUGGCAAAGGAUGCGGGUGUCUUCUGGAGAAUAUCGAGCGAGUACGGUGUUUCCAAACUUUUUACCGCACCAUCUGCACUCCGCGGUAUCAGGGUAGCAGAUCCACACGGAGAGAGAUUGAAAGCCUACGAUCUGUCUGGACUGCAGACAGUUUAUCUUGUCGGCGAGCGAACAGACCACGCCACGUUGCGCUGGUUUACAAAAGUCCUGGAGGAAACGUUUGCUGCAACAUGUUCCAGUCGUGCUCCACCUCGCGUAAUUGACCAUUGGUGGCAAUCUGAAACUGGCUGGCCGAUGACCUGCAUUAUGACUGGCCAGCCGUUCGGCCCAAAUGAUUACUCACCCUGCAGGGAAGGCUCUUGUGGAAAACCUUGCCCCGGUUGGGAUCUCCGUAUCCUGGACAACGACGGCGAAGAAGUAGAAGAUGAAAUGACUGGUCAUAUUGCUGUCAAAUUGCCAAUGCCUCCCGGCUCACUCAAGAGUCUCUAUGAGAACGAUGACCGGUAUGUCAGCACAUAUCUGUCGCGCUUUCCAGGAUACUACGAUACAGGUGACAGUGGAUUUUUUGAUGAUGACGGGUACCUGCAUAUCGAGGGCAGAACGGAUGACGUCAUCAACGUAUCAGCCCAUCGUAUCUCCAGUCUGUCAAUCGAAGAGGUCCUCACUAAACAUCCAGAAGUUGCAGCGGCCGUAGUUGUGGGCGUCACCGACGCCAUUAAAGGUCAUGUUCCUGUUGCCGUGGUCGUUCUCCAUCCGGAAUCGCCUCGUCAGAAUAAAGAAGAACAGCAACAUAAGCGGAAAAGAAUUAUAGAAGAGUUGGUCCACGAUGUCCGCGAGCGUAUUGGUCCAUUUGCGUGCUUUAGAUCCUGUGUUAUUGUAGAGAAAAUACCACACACCAGGUCGGGAAAGACACUACGAAAAACCAUUACACUCAUUCUCGAGGGACACAGAUACUCUGUACCACCUACGAUUGACGAUCCUUCUGCUCUCUCAGAGCUCCAGCAAGCUGUGAAGGAGCAACUUGGUGUUGAAGAGAGAUCUGUAGGGCAUAAUCACUCCAUGUGGAGGAAUGGCUAUCCGGUCACUGCGUGGGAGUUCGAAGAUAAGAAAUAA